GAUUAUAAUUCCCUCUUGCUUUCUCUGUCUUUCCUCUUGUUCACAGUGGUUUUUUCUUCUUCUCGUUUUCUGGGUUUCUGUAGCUGAAAGCUGUGUUGUUUGUUUUGUGAUUUUCAAACUCUCUAAAAACGGAGCCUUUGUGGUGGGCUCAUCUCAUGUUUUGGUGCAGUCAAGUCAAGGACCAGUCUUUUUUCUUUCUUUCUUUUUCACCCCAACUUUUUCAAUUAUUGCUGAAAGAAACCCACCUUAGUUCUCUCCAUAUUUGUUAGACUCUUUCUCUAUCUGGAUCUUGUUUAGUUUCAGUUUCAAAUGCUGACUCUCAGCAUUUAGCCUCUUAAGCUCAAGAGAGAGGAGAAUUUCUGAAAUCAUGAGACAGGGGAGAAUGGAUAUUUUCUUCUUCUUUUUUUGUCUAAUGCCCAUCCUAGUUAUCAAAUCUAACUGCAAUAUAAUCUUGAACGCCUUUUUUAACUGAGAAAUCACAUGAUUUGCCUGUUAUAUGGGUUUUUAUUCCAAUAAAAAAGAAAGGUAAAAUCUUUUUGAGAACCCAUUAAUCUUCUGAGGUGUGUUAGCUCUUUUCUUUGUCUUCUAAACUUUAACUUUGCUUUGAUUGCCGAUUUUUGUAAUCUUUAUUGAGUUGAAUUUGUCCAUAAGCUUUGAUUGCCGAUUUGGUUGUUCUGUACUUUAUCUUUUCAAAGGUGCGUCUUUUUUUUUUCUCUCUCUUUUGUAUAUUGUUCUUUUCAUGCCUUGACCUUGUAGAUUCAUCGUUUCUUUGGGAAAAAUUGCAAAGAAAAUGAAAAAAAAAAUGGAAAGAACUUAACUUUGGAAUCAUACUGCAUUGCUUGAAGAGCUUCCAGCAAGAACUCAAUGUUCCAAAGGGCGAUAUUUUCAAAAAGACGUGUGCGAUAUGCUUGAUGGCGAUGAAGCCGGGCCAAGGCCAUGCCAUUUUCACGGCGGAAUGCUCUCAUGCGUUUCAUUUCCAUUGCAUUGCAGCCAAUGUUAAACAUGGGAACCAGAUCUGUCCCGUGUGCCGGGCGAAAUGGAAAGAGAUCCCUCUUCAGAGCCCUAACCCUAUCUCUAAGUCGAACCCGUUGGCUGGUGGUCGGUCCAGAGAUGAUGCCCGGAUGGCGACCCCUCGCAGGGUCCAGCCUCAGUCUUCUACUCGGCUGGACGGAUCUAGACCGGACUCUUCACUCUUCCAUGGUCCCGAGCCCGCGAUUUUCAACGAUGACGAAGUUCUUGAACAUCAUCACAGAUCGAUUAUGGAGCAGCAGCACAGUGUUUCUGGAAGCAUGGAGGUAAGAGUUUAUCCGGAAAUCUCGGAAGUGGCAAAGUCUGUUUCGUGUAAAGAUUUCGCCGUUCUGAUCAAUCUAAAGGCUCCUCCUUCUGCUGCAAAGUCGUCCUCAUCGUCUUCUCGUGCUCCAGUUGAUCUUGUCACGGUUCUUGAUGUGAGCGGAAGCAUGGCCGGGACAAAGCUGGCACUGCUGAAACGAGCCAUGGGGUUUGUGAUCCAAAACCUCGGCCCCUUUGACCGCCUCUCGGUCAUAGCCUUCUCCUCUUCAGCACGUCGAAUCUUUCCUCUUCGGCUCAUGACCGAGACAGGAAAACAAGAAGCCUUGCAGGCAGUUAACUCGUUGGUCUCCAAUGGAGGAACCAACAUAGCCGAGGGUCUGAAGAAAGGGGCGAGAGCCUUGAUCGAUCGCAAGUACAGGAACUCAGUUUCCAGCAUCAUGCUCUUGUCUGAUGGUCAGGACACAUACGCUGUUACUAGUCCCAAUGGUUCUUGCCCUAGAGGGAUGGAUUACAAAGCUCUCCUCCCCAUCGAGAUCGGGAACCGAAAAAACAACGGGAACUGGUUCCCGGUUCAUGCUUUCGGGUUUGGUGCAGAUCACGAUGCUUCCAAUAUGCACUCGAUAUCAGAAAACUCUGGAGGUACAUUUUCCUUCAUAGAAACCGAAACCGUCAUACAGGACGCGUUUGCUCAGUGCAUUGGAGGACUUCUGAGCGUCGUGGUUCAGGAACUGAGUGUGAAGGUUGAGUGUGUUCAUCAGGGUUUACGUCUCGGCUCGAUAAAAGCCGGAAGUUACCGUGUCAAUGCCUGCCCGGCUUCAAGAACCGGGAUUAUCAGUGUAGGAGAUCUCUAUGCCGACGAAGAGAGGAACUUUCUGGUGAAUCUCGACAUCCCGGUUGCCGGAAUUUCAGAUCAGAUGUCACUUCUGAAAGUUAAAUGCGAAUACAGAGAUCCCGUGUCGAAAGAGAUGAUCACGUCGAGAAACUCUGGAGAAAUGAUGAUCCUUAGGCCGCAAGUAACAGCGGGAAGAACACCGGUCGUGUCAGUGGAAGUAGACAGGGAGAGGAUUAGGUUACGUGCAGCGGAAGCGAUAUCCGAGGCUCGGGUUUUAGCCGAACGCGGGGAUCUGGCGGCGGCCGUGUCUAGGCUCGAGACAUGCCGUCAUGUUCUGUCGGAAACGAUGUCCGGCCGGGCCAAGGACCCGUUGUGUACGGCACUUUGCACAGAGCUGAGGGAGACGCAGGAGCGAAUGGCGAGCCGACAAGUGUACGAGGCGUCGGGUCGGGCUUACGUAUUGUCGGGGCUGGGCUCGCAUUCAUGGCAGAGAGCCACGACGAGAGGGGAUAUGAGCGAAACGACUAGGGUUUUGCAGAGUUAUCAGACUCAAUCAAUGGUGGAUAUGGUGAAUCUAUCUCAGACGAUGAGUUUCGGAAAUCCUAAUUCGGAUUCAAGCUCGAGUUUGCCGUCAUCGCAGAGGAAUCUCCGGCAAGCUCUGUCGUUUCCGGCGAGACCCGCCCGAGGUGAUCGGAGGAAAGGGUAAAACGGGGAUUUAAGAAUUAUUAUUUUUUCCGUAUUGAUUUUUUUUGUUUUGCUUAUGAUUUGUUUAAAAUUGGGGGUAGGUUCUUCUUGUAUAAAUAUUUGGGGUAUAAGUGAAAUUAAUUGUUUUUUAUGGGGAGCAAAUUGGUUCCUUUCUGUUUUU